UAAAUUUAAAUUGGCUGCAAGGAAUUGAUCCGAGCAGUAAUAGUAGUCAUCAUGCUGAAAGGAACUCUUCUGAAAUUGUUCCUACUAGGUUUGACCGGCAAGAUCCUGAAGGUUUUUUGUCAUCUUCCAGAAAAGUACCACGUGGUACCCCAUUCGGACACUUGGUUCGGCGCCUAUGCGUACUGUAAAACCAUCGGCAUGAACCUGGCGACAAUCAACUCGACUGAGGAGCAAAAGCAGAUCGUUAAAACCAUAAAAGAUUCCUCAGUUUACAGCCCGAAACAUGAUGCCAAUUUGAUGGUCUGGAUCGAUGCCACCCGGGUUUCCAAACAGUCCAAAGUGCAAUGGUUCCGAGAAGCCAAACCACUGGUGUACAGCAAUUGGGGUGGACCGGAACCGGACGAUACCAUGGAUUGCGUUCACAUGUGGAACAAUCCUAGUUUUGGAUUGGCGUUCGUGUGGAAAAUCGGUACCUGUUCCUACAAAAUGCCUUUUGUGUGCGAAACUAGCACAAGUGAUACGGAUUGCAUUCAAACAUUUUAGGUUUCUAAUAUAUUUGGAGAAUAUUCAAAUCGAUGGCAACAUUAUGAUCUACUCAUGAAAAAAAACUCUGAAAACAUAUGUGUUCUUAUAAAUAAUAACGAAUUAAAAAUAAUGCAAAUCAAUAAAAAA